AGUCCGCGCGAAGCGGCGCGGUGGCUUAGCGCUCCGCAGUGUCCCGGCCGGCCGCCCUAAGACGCAGGCGCAGGCGGGGCGGGCGUGCGGCGCGAGAGUGCAUGGCGUUGCUGUACCGCGCGACGCGGCUUAAAGACCGCGCGGACACGCACGUCUUCACCUUCGUGGUCACACGUUCCGUCACCCGCGAGCCCGACCGUGACGUCACCUCCAAGGACUUCUGUUGCUCGCACCAACGAUGGGCCGUCGCGUUCAAUCGCUCCGAGGCUUCACUGGGUGUUUACCUAGUUUGGCGGGGUGUAUGCGAAGGCAUGCGAGUUUACGUCGACUUCACUUUCACCUUGCUUAGUCGUGACCACUUUACAGCAAACGAAGGUUUCUCCGGCAAGCAAGUUAGAUUUUACGCGGGUUGUGCAGCUCAAGGACGUGGACGAUGCGUUUCACUUGCCGAACUCAACGCCAAGUUUGCGGACGCACGUGGCGAAUUCCAGCUAGAACUGAGUAUGUCACGUGUUAGAACUUUGUAUUCAUGGGAAUUACGAGCUCCUCGUUUGGAUACACCUCCGAUAGCUUUUGCCGGAUUUGAUUGGUCGGUGUCUGCGACCGGCGGUGUUGGAAAGGAACCACUUACAUUGCGUCUUGUAAGACUAUCUGGUGAGGGACAGCGUUGUCGUAUCCGGUAUGCGCUAGCCCUUGGAGAAGGAGAGAGACGGAUACACUCUGGUCCUCUCGAAUGCCUUUGCGACACAGAGGGUCGUACUCCACCGUGGACUCCUCGUCCUCCUUAUCGUCUUCUUCACAAAGGUGUUCGACUAAUGGUAGAAUUAGUAUCAGCAAGAGCCUUAGCGGAGCUAUCGGUGCCUGUUGCUGGUCGUGCUGCUACGUGCUAUGAUCGAGAUAAGCAAGCAUGGGCAUUGCGUUGUGACACACAUUCAGAAACAGUACGACUUCACAUGUUGUACCGCGAUGUCCAUCAUGUGCCGCGCAACCAUCUACGCUAUGUGAGUUGGUCGGCAUGGUUAGUGCGAUCUGCUCCUGCUCCAGGUGAACCAGAGGCAGAAGAGUUACCCGGGGCACCUUUCGAGAACUAUUAUGCUCAAGAGAGUGCUGACGAAGGACUUAUGAUGGAAACGGCUUUACGGGUUGAGGAUGUAUCCAGAACCGGUUGUCCAUUUUUACAUCCAGGCGGAGAACUUCAAGUGCGUCUUGAAUGGUCCGACACAUAUCUCCUUUUUCAAGCUACUUAUCACGUUUACGACGACCUUUGUCGAUUACAUGCACACCAGAUGAGACGCGAGAUAGCUGCGCUACAGGCGGAGAACUACUCGCUCGAGCGACAGUUGUUCAGUUAUCAAAAGAGCCUAGCCUACGCUCAAGCACAGGCCGGGGAGCCAGCGGUAGCGGAGACUAGCGGCCGGCGCUCGCCCGCCGAGCGGUCGUUGUCCACCGACACGGAGUAUGCGUGAGGUGCGGGCCCUGGCAGCGUGUAGACACGUUGACCGCCUUCUACAUGCCCGCACUCGAGUCUUCUAUCCUUUCGACUGAUUCUGACGUUUUUGAGCGAUUUAUCUAUUUUUCUAAACGUUUUAUGGCGAACUGCGCCCUCGUCCGCACUGCUUCUCGCCGGUCGUCUGCACUCUCGCCGCUCGGGUCUAUCGAUAGCUGAUUAUUAUAUUCGACUACUUUUCUAUUUAUCUGUACAUAAAAUAUAUUUAGAUAUAAUAUAUUAUGUAUAUUUCUUAACUUAAAACUCGAAUUCAUA